AUGGUACAAAUCAGCGAGGUCAAGGGCAACAAUCGCGACAACCGCACCGCCGCCCACACGCACAUCAAGGGUCUCGGUCUCAAUGCCCAGGGGAUUGCCGAGAAGCAGGCCGCGGGCUUCGUGGGCCAGGCCACGGCGCGAGAGGCAUGUGGUGUCGUCGUCGAUCUCAUCAGAGCACACAAAAUGUCGGGCCGCGGCGUGCUGCUAGCAGGCGGCCCUGGCACCGGAAAGACGGCCCUGGCGCUCGCCAUCAGCCAGGAGCUCGGCACCAAGAUCCCCUUCUGCCCUAUCACGGGCAGCGAAAUCUACUCGACAGAAGUCAAGAAGACCGAGGUGCUGAUGGAGAACUUCCGGAGGGCGAUUGGCCUCAAGGUCCGCGAGACAAAGGAGGUGUACGAGGGCGAGGUGACGGAGCUGACGCCCGAGGAGGCCGAGAACCCGCUCGGUGGCUACGGAAAGACCAUCAGCACGCUCUUGAUAGGACUCAAGAGCGCCAAGGGUCAGAAGAAGCUGCGCCUCGACCCCAGCAUAUACGAAGCCAUCCAGAAGGAGAGAGUCACGGUGGGCGACGUCAUCUACAUCGAGGCAAACACGGGCGCCUGCAAGCGCGUCGGCCGGUCAGACGCCUACGCCACCGAGUUCGAUCUCGAGGCCGAGGAAUACGUCCCCAUCCCCAAGGGCGAGGUGCACAAGAAGAAGGAGAUUGUCCAGGAUGUCUCGCUACACGACCUAGACGUGGCCAACGCGCGCCCCCAGGGCGGUCAGGACAUCAUGUCCAUGAUGGGCCAGCUCAUGAAGCCCAAAAUGACCGAGAUCACAGACAAGCUGCGGACCGAGAUCAACAAGGUCGUUAGUAAGUAUAUCGACCAGGGCGUUGCCGAGCUUGUUCCGGGCGUUCUGUUCAUCGACGAGGCGCACAUGCUUGACGUCGAAUGCUUCACCUACCUCAACAAAGCCCUAGAGUCCCCAAUCUCGCCAAUCGUUGUUCUGGCCUCGAACCGGGGCAUGGCGACGGUCCGCGGCGCCGAUGACCUCGUGGCGGCUCACGGUGUCCCCCCUGACUUCCUCACCCGGCUGCUCAUCAUUCCCACGCACCCGUACGAGCCAGAAGAGAUUAAGAGAAUCGUGCGCAUCCGCGCCGCCACCGAGGGUGUUCAAAUCACGGACCCUGCUAUUGAUAAGAUUUCAGAACACGGCGUUCGCAUCAGUCUGAGAUACUGUCUCCAGCUCCUAACCCCUGCAAGCAUCCUUGCACGGGUCAAUGGCCGCAGCCAAAUCGACCUCCUCGACGUUGCGGAGUGCGAAGACCUGUUCCUGGACGCCCGGCGAAGCGCCAAGGUGCUGGCGAGCGAAUCUAGCCAUGGGUUAAUUUCAUGA